AGGAGGCGGAUGAGCCGUGGGACCGCCCCACUCUCCCGCGGAUAUAAAUAAGAGGUGGAUUUUUUACUCCACUCAUUUCUCCUGAAGGAUGAGAUCCCUGAAACACCUCAAACAUCACUCCAGGAGCAAUGUGGAGGAAGAGAGUAGCUGUUUGGUGCGAACCUUUCCAAAGAUGACUGAGGCCCAUGUGGAUGUGGGCACGCAAACAGAGCCCGUGGUGGUGCUAUCACUUGCUCAAGCUGCUGUUCUUGGCCUCAUCUCCCAGAAUGAAAUAUUUGGGGCCACCAUUGCCCCGAAUGGCUUUUACACAGGGGAACCAAAAGAGUGUCCCCCUCCUCCUCCUGAGUCAGUGGAGUACGAGUAUGCUGACCAGCUGAUAGGCGCCAAUGGGGACUACCUCCCUGAACCUACUGGGGAGCAGGAACCCCAGCCGCACUGCAGCGAGAAAAGACGACCCGGCCCCCGUGGGAGAACCAAGAGGCAGAGGAGCGAUGGGGAACUAGAAUCCCUCAAGCGCAAAGAUGUUGCUCCACAGGCUCAGGUUAAAGGUGAAAGAUUUGAUUCUGACACACCUCCUCCCUGCAUUCACAUGAACAACAGGCACAGUCCCAGCAAGCUAGAGGAUCCAGUCACCCAUCAAGCUUCCCUGAAAGAGGAACAGGCCUGUGGAAACUGUUCAUCAUGUGUGAGAGACACAGCCAUGCCACAAACGGACGGACAGAAAGAACAGGAGCAAGAAGGUACUUCUGUUAGGGAGAAAAAGCGGAAGGAAGAAGAGUUAGUGGUAGCGGAAGAAGAGGAGGAGGCACUGAACCUUAAGACGACUGGAGACAAUAGCAGUCCUCUGGAGAAUCGUUAUUACGAUUCCAAUGAGGUGGCCUGUGAGUCUGCUGACAUGCCGAUGCAAGGAGAAUAUGAGGAGAACUGCCAGGCCCAGGCCAUGCUGUGGUCGGACCCCGAGGGCCUCGCCAGACGAAUGCAGAUCGACCGAUUGGACAUAAAUGUACAGAUUGAUGAGUCUUACUGUGUAGACGUAGGAGAGGGUCUGAAACGCUGGAAAUGUCGCAUGUGUGAGAAGUCCUACACGUCUAAAUAUAACCUUGUCACUCAUAUUUUGGGUCAUAAUGGAAUUAAGCCCCAUGAGUGUCUACACUGUGGGAAACUUUUCAAGCAGCCGAGCCACCUUCAGACUCACCUGCUCACCCAUCAGGGGACCCGGCCCCACAAGUGCACAGUGUGUGAAAAGGCCUUCACGCAGACCAGUCACCUGAAGAGGCACAUGCUGCAGCACACAGAUGUUAAACCUUACAGCUGCCGCUUCUGCGGCCGGGGCUUCGCCUACCCCAGUGAGCUGAGGACCCAUGAAAACAAACACGAAAACGGUCAGUGCCAUGUCUGCACCCAGUGUGGUCUUGAGUUUCCAACCUAUGCCCAUCUGAAACGUCACCUAACCAGCCAUCAGGGUCCGACCACAUACCAGUGCACAGAAUGCAACAAAUCCUUUGCAUACAGGAGCCAGCUGCAGAACCACUUGAUGAAGCACCAGAACGUUCGGCCCUACGUUUGUCCUGAGUGCGGGAUGGAGUUUGUGCAGAUCCACCACCUUCGACAGCAUACUCUCACCCACAAGGGCAUGAAAGAAUUCAAGUGUGACGUGUGUGCCAGAGAGUUCACUCUGUCGGCUAACCUGAAGAGACACAUGCUGAUCCAUGCCAGCGUGAGACCCUUCCAGUGCCACGUCUGCUUCAAGACCUUCGUUCAGAAGCAGACCCUGAAAACACACAUGAUCGUCCACCUUCCUGUCAAACCCUUCAAAUGCAAGGUGUGUGGGAAGUCAUUCAACAGAAUGUACAAUCUGCUCGGCCACAUGCACCUCCACGCCGGCAGCAAGCCUUUCAAGUGUCCUUACUGCACCAGCAAGUUCAACCUGAAGGGCAACCUCAGCCGCCACAUGAAAGUUAAGCACGGCAUCAUGGACAACACAAUAGAUGGACAUGAACCCCCCCAAGAGACAGAAGGCCAGGAGGAGUAUGAAGAGGAGAGCUUUGAAUUCAGCGAAAGAGAAAACCGCGCCAACAACAACAACACACCAGACGUGGCCAAACUAUCUCAAAUGGAGUACUACAGCAACUACGGGAAGACUGCGGGGCGCUUUAGUGCUGCAGGGACAGUGCCAAAUACCCAAAAAUGAACAUGUGCGUGAACUUAUUUAACAUAGGAUUGUUUAUUUUGUUUUAUUGCUAUUAAAGGUGAAAUGCCCCUAAA